GUCGGGGUCGGGAGCGCAGGCUCCCCGCUACUGCCCCUACCCUGGGUCGCGAACUCCGAACUCUGGGCUGUCUGGCUGCUCCAGCGGGUGGGCGGUGCCCGGAGGCGCGGGGCACCGAGGGGCAGGAACUUGGGUCGGGUGUCCCUCUUGGUUGCCCCUCCGCUCCGUGACCGGGUCCCGCUUCCCCCCCGGGCCUUUGCCCACCACUUCCCAUCCUCCUGGAGCUGAGGUCAGACACAUCUCAGUUUCUCCGGGCGGCUACUGGUCGCUUCCUGACCCCCAGGGACUGUGUCCGGCGUCUUCUUAGCCCCUCGUAGCCUUUGGAGCCUCCUUUGCAGGCCUGAGGGCCCACUAAGGCCUGUUCCUACAUCCCGCUCUUCUCCAAGGCUUUGCCAGUCACAUCUUGACUCCUUCGGGUCAUUACUGUCACUUCCCAGGCUGCCACAGCCACUUCUCUUCACAUGCUGACAGCCGCCACUACCCCAGGGCCAUUGCUGGACCCUAGGAGUGGAGGACCCACUUAUCUGGGAACAACGGGUAAGGGAGGAGAGCCUUCCAACUGCUGUCCAUGGUCCCAGGAGCUGAGAGGCCCACCUCCACUUGCACCCAAAUGUGUUCCGUAGAAUACCAUGAAUAUGGUCACCUUUUAGUUGUGCCUAUGGAGGCCCAUCCCAAGGUAUUUAGAGCUGAGAAAAGAUAGAAUUCUUUAGGCUGUGAAAGAUUCAGCAGGGUCCCCUUUAGGGUCUUCUCUCCACCAAAGGAUCUUUAACAAAUUGUAUGUGUUCCCAGGAGGGUGACAGAGUGGUGGGCACACAUUUUAGGUUGUGUUGCUGGAAGUGUUCACCUUAGAGAGAGACAACAGAAAUACAGUUCUGAGUGACCAGAGAGUUGUCACGAGGAAGAUUCCUCAUUUUGUGUUUUCCUGGAAAGUGUUAUCCAGACCAGUGAGUGAAGGUUAUUACAAGGUCGAUUUUAGUUUUAGCUUGGCAAAAGGAGGACUCCCUGGAUGGCGCAAAUGGACUACUAAUUGAAAGGUUGGUGGUUCGAACUCACCCAGAGGUGCCUCAGAAGAAAGGCCUGGCCAUCUGUUUCCAAAAGGCCACAACCUUGAAAACCCUAUGGAGCACGGUUCUAUUCUGCACACGUGAUGUUGCCAUAAGUCGGAACUGACUCAGUGGCAACCGUUUUGUUUUUGGUAGAAGGAUAAAUCUAACAGCUGUGAACCUCCUGUCUCUGGUGGGAGUAAGGCAGAGACAGUUUUUAGAGGACCUUGCAAAAGGGCCAAGAUACUGACGUUUGAACUGGAAGCUUCAGACUUCUCAAAGAAACUUCAGAAUGGCUUUGAAUAGGACAAGCUAGAAAUCUCUUCUGAACACCGUGUUCAGCACGCAUCUCCCCCUUUGAACUUUCCUGGAGAGGAUCUUCCUGAAAGUUCGUUCUGCAGACAACCACACUCAGGCUAAAGGAACCAGAAUAGUAGAGUUGACUUAUCUGCGAGAAUCCUCUUGCUUUAUUAUAUUCUGUCCCAGAGUUCUAAGGAGUGUAGACAUAUUCAUGGAACCCAAGGGCCUACAAGGAAGGGAAGUAGCACUUUCAUGCUGAAUGAAAACCAAACAAAUGACAGUUGUGACUAAAAACACUUAAACCUGCCACGUCUGGAUUCACUGGAUUGGGGAAACAGAGGAACAUCACUCCUGGGGAGAAAGAGGUGACACCAGAAAAGAAAAUCCAAAGAAAGAGGAUGAGGGCAAUUGGAAAGUAAAUGGCUGCCUCCACUUCCACAGAGACGAAGUCAGCCUCUUGGUGGAAUUAUUUUUUCCUUUAUGAUGGUUCAAAGGUAAAGGAAGAAGGAGAUCCAACAAGAGCUGGCAUUUGUUAUUUUUAUCCUGCUCAGACCCUGCUUGACCAACAGGAGUUGCUUUGUGGACAGAUUGCCGGAGUUGUCCACUGUGUUUCAGACAUUUCUGGCUCUCCCCCCACUCUCAUUCGUCUGCGGAAACUGAAGUUUGCUGUAAAGGUUGACGGAGAUUACCUUUGGGUGCUAGGCUGUGCUGUGGAGGUCCCCGAUGUCAGCUGCAAGCAGUUUCUGGAUCAGCUAAUUGGCUUCUUUAGCUUUUACAAUGGACCUGUUUCUCUGGCUUACAAGAACUAUCCUCAGGAAGAACUGAGUGCGGAGUGGGACACCUUCAUUGAACAAAUUCUGGAAAACACCAGUGAUCUGCAUAAGAUAUUCAACUCUCUUUGGGACUUGGACAGGACUAAAGUAGAGCCCCUGUUGUUGCUGAAAGCAGCCCUCAUCCUGCAGACCUGUCAGCGCUCGCCUCAUGUCCGGGCCGGCUGCAUUCUCUACAAGGGCCUGAUUGUUAGCACCCAGCUACCGCCAUCCCUCACCGCCAAGGUCCUGCUUCACCGAGUGGCACUUUACAACAAGAGAACACCGACAGGACUGGAUGCCCUGCGGGGACACGGAGCGGCCCUCCCCUCGAACGUGCAGAUCAUGCCUGUGUUUGUGACCGAAGAGGAAGCCGGCGGCCUCCGUGAGUUCCCGGUGGAGCGGAUGACUGGCUCUCCUGCCUCGCCAGGCAGACUCCAGGGCAACUCAGCCCAGCACCCUCCAAGGGACUGGAGCACGUCUACACUGAAGAAAAAUGCCAUCGGGCAUGUGGGAUCCGUGGCCUGGACAUUGGCGACCACCCUAGGGCCCACGUCCCCUGACUUAGCUGGGCUGAAUGGCACGGGGGAGAACGGACACCUGUUUGGCCAUGAUACAGAGAGCAUCGAGCCCGCAAAGCUGUACAGCACUGGCAGGAGUGUGGGCUCUGGUCCUCACGGUGCCCUGGUGAAGGAGCCUGGCUUUUCCCAAGGGGAACUUGACUUGUCUGUACUCCACAUUCCAGAAGCUUUGGAAAUGGAAACAUCUUCAGGUCAUUCUGCUUUCCUGCACAUGCCUGCUGCAGAUGGUGGUGGUCCAUACCACAGGGAAUCAGUCAGCAACCUCGGCAACCCAGAACCCAAGCCUCUUGAGGACCUGCCUGCGGGCACAGCCACCAGUGACCCCCUCCCUCCCUCCCCUCCUAUGGUGCCCACCCAGAAUGGAGCCCCAGAGGAGCAGGAAGACCUUCCUGGCGACAGCCAUCCAGCCCCUAUUCCCAGGGAUGACCCACUGCUCAGAAGGACCAGCAGGCAAUCCUCAUCACCUCACUCAGCUUUAAGGCAGAGAGGAGAGAAACCCCCUCUGGAGGAGCAAGCCGGGGGUCUGCGUGCAGGUGGAGUCCACGAGAGCCGUUUGGAGGAGCAAGCCGGGGGUCUGCGUGCAGGUGGAGUCCACGAGAGCCGUUUGGAGGAGCAAGCCGGGGGUCUGCGUGCAGGUGGAGCCCACAAGAGCCGCUCGGGCUCAGCGGACCGUCAGGGCGGCGUCCCCUCUGCAGGCAGAGCUGGCUCACCGUCAGCCCUGGUGGGGCCCCACCUGGGGCUCGUGAGGAUGAACCUCUACGUGCACAGUGUGAAGGGGCUAGUGCUGUCCCUGUUGGCGGAGGAGCCGCUGCUGGGGGAUGGCCCAGCCAUCGAGGAGGUGUACCACAGUAGCCUGGCGUCCCUGAAUGGGCUGGAGGUCCACCUGAAGGAGACGCUCCCCAAAGACGAGGCUGCCCCGGUGAACAGCACGUACAACUUCACGCACUACGACAGCAUUCAGAACGUGCUGAUGGCAAACCUGCCACUGGUGGCCACAGCCCAGGAUCACCGCUUCCUCCAGGCCGUCAGACUGAUGCAUUCUGACUUUGCCCAGCAGCCCGCGCUGUACGAGAUGACUGUCAGGUGCCGUCAAGUUGGUUCCGAUUCAUGGCGACCCCACGCACAACAGAACGAAACACUGACCAAUCCUGCACCAUCCUUACAAUCAUUGUUAUGCUUGAGCGCAUCGUUGCAGCCACUGUGUCAGUCUACCUCAUUGAGGGUCUUCCUCUUUUCCACUGACCCUGUACUUUGCCAACCAUGAUGUCCUUCUCCAGGGACUGAUCGAUCCCUCCUGACGACAUGUCCAAAGAAUGCCUCCACAGCUGUGUACGCCUGUUGCAACCCCGUCCAGGAAACCUACUUCCAGCAGCUGGCCUCUCCAGCACGGAGCUCGGGCUUCCCCAGUCCUCAGGACGGCGCCU